AUCAUUGAUAAACUUGAAGUUGGCGUUACAUACAUACCACAUGGUGUUGAAACGUGAUAGAUUUUAGGGUUAUCAUAUACUUUUUAUUGAUAAAUUAAAUCUGUUGUGUAUUUAAAAUAAUUAUUUAUAUAUUAUUUUAUUUAUAAUUAAACUUGAGAAUAAUGGAGACUUUACAAGAUCCCGUUAGACAGGAAACAAUGAUAUUAUGCUGCAUUUGUGGUAUUGGUAUUCAACCUAAUCCUGCCAACAUGUGUGUCUCAUGUUUAAGAACUCAAAUUGAUAUUACUGAAGCCAUUCCAAAGCAAGCGACAAUUCAUUUUUGUAAAGGAUGUGAAAGAUAUUUGCAGCCACCUGCAGAAUGGAUUCAUGCAGCAUUAGAAUCUAAAGAAUUAUUGACACUGUGUUUGAAAAAAUUGAAGGGGCUGAAUCGUGUAAAAUUAAUUGAUGCUGGAUUUGUAUGGACAGAACCUCAUUCAAUGAGGCUAAAGGUAAAACUGACGGUACAAGCAGAAGUGAUGAAUGGUGCAGUUUUGCAACAAAUAUUUGUAGUUGAAUAUACAGUAAAUCACCACAUGUGUGAUGAUUGUCAUAGAACAGAAGCAAAAGAUUAUUGGCGUGCUUUGGUACAAGUGAGGCAAAAAUGCACAAAUAAAAAAACAUUCUAUUAUUUGGAACAAUUAAUCUUGAAGUACAAAGCACAUGAACAUACAUUGGGCAUAAAACCUAUUCACGAGGGUCUGGACUUUUUCUAUGCAAAUGAGGCAACAGCUAGGAAGAUGGUUGACUUUCUUUCAAGCGUGGUACCUUGCACUUAUGAUCAUUCUAAAAAGUUGAUUUCUCAUGACAUCCAUAGUAAUAUCUAUAACUAUAAAUUCACAUACAGCGUGGAGAUAGUUCCAAUAUCAAGGGAUAGUAUUGUAUGUCUUCCAAAGAAGUUAGGUCAUCAAUUGGGAGGAAUAAAUCCUAUUUGUCUAGUAUACAAGAUUACAAACGCUAUUCACUUAAUAGAUGUCGCAACUGGUCAAAUUGCAGAAGUGAGUUCUACACUUUACUGGAGGCAUCCUUUUAAUAGUAUUUGUGAUCCAAAACAGUUAAUAGAAUAUAUAGUAAUGGAUAUUGAACCAAUAAGUUUCAAGGAUAGAAAAUUCUUUCCAGGACAAGGAGCAAUUUCUAUCAAGCACGGAGUGGCAGAUGUAUGGUUAGUUAGAAGGUGUGAUUUAGGAAUAAAUGAGAAUUACAUUCAUACACGUACUCACCUUGGCCAUGUACUUAAACCAGGAGAUACGGCAUUAGGGUAUGCUAUUAACGAUAGUAAUAUCAAUGAUGAUAAUUUUGAACUAUUGAAUAAAGAUUUGGUCCCAGACGUAAUUUUGACAAAGAAAAGUUAUGCACAUGACAGAGUAGCACGACGCAAGAUAAGAAUUUGGAAAUUAAAACAUAUGCUUCAAAACGAAGAUGACUUGAAUAAUGAUUAUUAUGAAUUUUUGGAAGACAUAGAGGAGGAUCCAGAGAUGAGGCAAAAUAUAAAUAUUUUCAGAGAUAGCACGAAAACAAUACCAGUGGAUAGUAAUGAAUUAAUUGAUCCUAGUUGUCCGCAAGUUACUCUCGAGGAAAUGCUUGAUGAUCUUAUAAUUGAUGAUGUCCAAGUACCUCAAAUCGAUGAAAACUUUGAAUAAAAAUGUAAUGUCGUUUUUCUAUAAGCUCUUUCUUACUUACGUCCCAAAAAUAUUUUAAAGGAAAGAAUAAUUAUACAAAGCUUGAACUUUCUAAAUCACAUUUCAGUUAAAAAAUAUUAGACUUUACAAAUCAUGAUUGAAACAGCUGAAAAGAAUAUGAAAGAAACUGAAAGCUGCCAGGUAUAUGUUAAACAUAAUAAAUAAGGUUAUUUAUUAUUUUUGUUCGUAAGAUGAAAAUUGUUUAUACUUUGUUUUUUACAUAACUUUUUAUAUUUUUACAAUGGUCAACAUUUGCUAAUCAUUGCAUAAAAUUUAGUAAAGCUACGUAAGCAGGUGAAAAUACAGAAAUAUAAAUUUCUAUUUAGAAUACACUUAAGAGCGCAGAAAAUAUAGAAACAUAGAAAUAUAGAAAUACAUAUAUGUAAAUAGAAGCACAAAAAUAAUAAAUAUAAGAAUUGUCCGAAUAUUCAAAAAGUUUAUGCCACAGCAUGUAAAAACAUUGUCAACGUGAAAUAUGCGGAUCGUAUGGUUUUUAUAUGCUAGUAAAAUAGAAAUACUUAUUGGUAUUAUAGAGUACUUAUUGGUCCUUUUAACUGUUUAUAAAAAAUGAGAAUUGUAAUAGUCAAGGUAAUUAUAGUUUUGAUGUAAUGUUUUUCUUAAUCAGACAAUGUUACUGCUUUCAGAGAAUAGAAAAAAUGUAUAGAAUUUUGCAAUUAUUCGCACUUUCCAAAUAUUCGCUAAUUCUAUCAGUUUUACUUUUAUUCUUAUUUAAUAAUGACUAACAUUUCUUCCAUGUUUUUCUACAUGGAUUAAUUUUUUUGUGCAUAUAUUAAAUAUGUUAAUAUAAAUCAAUAUGUGUUAGUAGUAUAUGUAAAUAUAAAUAUAAAAUAUAAAUGUUAUAUUUUGUAAAUAAAUAUAUCUAAAUACGUGUGUACGGAAGCGGGAUAAGCAUAUUUCGAAUAAUUGUAUUAGGCAGAUGAUAAGCUUUCAAUAUUAUUAUUUUAUGUUGUUAUAAGAGAAUGAAAAACUCAAAGAACAUACUGCGUCGGAAUUCGUUCAACUGAGAGAAGUAAGUAGAAGUUAAAUGGACAUUAGGUGAUUUAUCAAUUUAGUCAUUUUAAUCAUUCAUAUUUGAAUUGGUCCAGAUAUGAGAAUAACGCAACAUCACCGUAGUUAAACAUACGCCGACAUUUUUCAAUAAAAAGUAGGCCUUUGAAUCAAAGUGUGACGUUAGUGGCAGUUGUAUUAUCAUCUUAAAAGUUAUUUCUACAAACUUCCAAUUAAUGCAUGUAAGGAACCUGAAUGUUAUUAAUACUAUUUUAAACAAUUUCAUAUAUUCUAUAUAUUUUCGGUUAAAUAUCAUUUAAGUGAUAAAGCUAU